AUGGUUCUCGUCGAAGGUUGUGCACAUUACAGUCAGUUGCAGCUCUGGCGAAGCGGCUCUUUGAUGCAGGGGCUAGCAUAUUUUUCUUCUGACCUCAAGAGGGAAACUACGCUGGAGCAUAAGUUUGCUGGAUCUAUCCACCGGUACCACGACGGGACUCCGAUGCUUGUGAAGUUCGGCGCACAUCAAUCUUCCUUGAUUCGCUCAGCUCGAUAUCUGAAGUACGUCGAGGCGACACCUGACAAACAAGGGUAUUGGACGACGCAGUCGUACGAGCAGUACAAAGCAGAGCACCCGCGGAGUUCGCCUUCAAUGGGAGUCACCCAAGUCUUCGGCCAGAGCGCGGUUGUCAACAGCAUUCAGUUUCGCGCGGACGCGCAAGCAGAAGGAUGGGAAGAGGCUAGCAGCACGAGCGAACCGCAGAAAUUCAUUGUCCCCCCGAUGCUGCUGGCCGACGGCCGUGCUACGACUGUUUACGAUGCAGUGGAAAUGGCUUACAGCUCUUCUUUCGACAUUGCUGGCAUCAAGGCGAUGUCUGAGUAUGCCGAGGUUUUGAUUGUCGACGACGUUCCAGACAAUUGCAAUGUGAAUAAGCGGGUGAAGGCUGCCACGGCCGACGCAUUCAAAGACAAUCCGACUAUCCUCUACGACCUGUUCUCGGGAUGCGUUGGCCAUAAAUUGCACGGCAUCUGCACCAAGACCGUGAAAGAGGACAAGCUCGUGGGCCACGUCCACGCCGUGGAGACUGUGAAGCGGGUGCAAGGGCGCCGCGAGAUGUUACUUAGAGCGUUACGUGAGUUGGUAGAUGAGGAGUUAUUGGUCCACCCAGGCGCCCCCCCCGCCGAAUUUGUUGAGCACUCCCGGAACAUCGUCAACAUGACUUUGCGCAGGGACGUCGAUUUCGUCAGGAGUCGACGCGAAGACCACGAAGGUAAACGUGGAUGCACUGUCCUGGAGAACAUACCUGGUUUCCUGGCGAUUGCAAACGGCGAUCCUCGGUGUCCGAGGUGUUCGCGCUGGUGCCAGGGGUGCUGCUUGGACGAGUCAGGCGUGUUCUCCCGGGACGCGGCAGUGUCCAACGUGGUGGCGGCUUUCGUUCAAGUGGGCAUCUUCGGCGGCAUGCUGAAUGUCAUUCCGGCAGCUGGGAGGUGGCACACGUGCGGGCGUGCGCUUGCAGUUCAGACGUACGGGAUUCUGUUCUUCAAUAUUUUACCACGGGCGUGGAGGAAAGCUUUCGGGGAGAAAGAGGUGCCCCGCGAUCUCGGCCACAGCGAGGACUACCACAAGAUCAUCAAGUCCAAGUCUUUCCGGGCGACUCUUUGGCUGAAUGCCCCAGACACACCUGUGAAGUCAGCUGUUACCACUGUUCUCACAGCGUUCGUGGACGGCCUAUUGCAGACGAUGCAGCACGUGGAGGAGAACAGCAGCGACACUGACGAGAGCAAGGCCACCCCGUUGCUGCUCACUCUUUUUAACGAGAACAACCCGAUAUUGAAGUGUCUGCGCGAGUACCACUCCAUCCUCGAGAACCCGCUCGACUCGCACGUGGCUGUCAUCCUCAGGCAUUUCGAACCCAGGGGCCUUGACUACGUCCACAUUUGCAUGCGAUGCAUUGCAUCGGUGUCCCUUGCUUUGGCUGGGCAGGUAUGGCGUUGCAUAUAUUCCGUCCUUGGGGAGUACCCGUAUCGGCUCAUCUUGCGCACCCAGGGCGACCGCGAGACGACGAGGCGAGAGACCGAUGCGCUGUAUCACAAGUGCGAGUGUUGCCUCGACGAUCACUUUACGAAGAAGGCUCGGGCGAUUGGGGGCACGGCGGAUGGCUUCCUGCGGCACGUUGGGCUCAGGGCUGCUAUACGAAGUUGGGCGGCCACUGCGCGGUUGACGAACAUGUGCACAGAGAGGUUGCUUUCAACCGUUCGGCGUGCCAGUCCUCUUCGCAGUCAUGCUGACCGCGUGGUGAGCGCUGGCUUCUUGUCGUUAAUUCAAGCAGCUCAUCGCGCCGCAGGGGGGAACGACAUCAACGUGUGUUACAGGCGCAACUUGUUGGCAGCCGGCGCCCCCAUCUGCGCCGCAAGGCGGCGGCGCCGCGAGGUCGACCGCUCGCGUCGCCAGCGCGCGGCGGGGGACUUCGUCAUGUGGGCGAACAAGAAGAUGAAGGCAGAGCGCUUGCGCCUCGGCCAGCGCAGACUGGGAGAUCGUGAAGCGCACAGGCGUCGGCUCGAGCGCCUCAGGAAGGAGUGCGACGACCUGAAGGUUCGCUUGGCCGUUCUCGGGGAGCAGCCCGAGGAGAAGCACGACCUCGCUGUUUUGUAUUCUGAGAAGAUCGGCACCAACUUAUGGAACUGCUCGUCGGUGGACACCCUCUUGCGAGAAGACGUCAUCCAGGCCGAGUGCGAACGGGCUGCCCCGUCUCAUCCAGGAAUGCUCGGUGGAUUGACCGAACGCCUGUCGCAGGUCCGAUCGCAGUUCUCGGCGGAUACCUUCGCGCGGCUCAAGGAGAACGACACCAUACCGACGAAUAAGAAGUUCAAAGUUCAUGUCCCCUGCGGCCUGAUGCACCCGGGCGUCUGUCGUCAAGACCUGACGCCCGACGUCGUUCGCGCGAACAGCGAGUUGGCGCUGAAUUUGUUCAGGGAGGAGUCUGGCGCGCUGGUCGCAGUGGAGGCCCUCUAUUCGGACAGAGGCCCCGUGGUCUUGCAUGCGGUGAAGAUGUUCUCCGAGGGCGAACACGGCGUGGUGCUGGCCAGAGUCGUGCGCACUGAGCUGGAGUUCGCGCCGUUCAGGAUCGACUUCGGCGAGCAUUGCGAGGGCUACAUGAUGGGCCCAGCCUUUCUGCGCCAGCUCUGGUCUGGGGGGGCGCCGAUCGAAGUGUCGCUGAUCGUCUUCGAGGAUGGUGAUGCUGUGAAGUGGCCGGAGGGCCACCGCAUCGAGGCGGAUGCCGACGAUGCGAUGCAGGCGUAUGAGGCCGAGUUCUUGGCAGAGUACUUGGCCUCGCACAAGGGCAAAAAAAACUUGGACCCCAACGCGACUCCGGACUCCGACUACGACGGGGAGAUCGGCGCCAUAGACUCCUUGCUGCAGCAGAAGAAAAAGUUGAUGGCGCGCCGUGGGUCGGCGUUCCGCCUGGGGCUAAACCUGAUGGAGUUGCCGCAGCAGUUCCACCUGAUGGAGCAGCCGAUUCACUUCCACCUGAUGGGCUUCCACUUGAUGGUCCAGGUGCCCCGCCUGCUGGAGUUCCACCUGGCGAUGGUGAAGUUCCACCUGAUGGAUCAGCUGACGCAGUUCCACCUGAGGGCGUUCCAGAUGGGCCUCCACCUGGUGGCGCCCCGCCUGCUGGAGUUCCACUGGGUGAAGUUCUACCUGAUGGACCAGCUGCUGCAGUUCCACCUGAUGGGGCAGCUGAUGCAGUUCCACCUGAGGGCGUUCCAGAUGGGCCUCCACCUGGUGGCGCCCCGCCUGCUGAAGUUCCACUGGAUGAAGUUCUACCUGAUGGACCAGCUGCUGCAGUUCCACCUGAUGGGGCAGCUGAUGCACUUCCACCUGAUGCCAAAGGCUGCGGCCAAGGCGAAGGUCCUUGUGGGCGGAUGGGAGGUCUUGAGCGUGCCAGGGGGGGCCAUCCAUUUCAACCCUUUGCUUGGCAAGCUCAACGCUCAUUGCAGCAGGCAUUCGCACGUCGGAUUCAAGUGCAAGUGCGAUAGGACAAUCAUUACCAAACACCGCAGCAGUGGUCGACCUCUCGGCUUGCUCAUGGCAUGGCUACAGUUACACAUGCACAUUCCUGCAGAGAAGGAGAGGUUGCGACAGGAGGCGGCCCACGAGGAGCGAGUGGCUGGACGCAAGAUAUUCGUGGACCGAUUGCCCGAGCUCAGCCCUGAUGAGCUCGACCUCGCUCAUCGGAUUUUACGAGCGGAGCGCGCGGAGAAUCCGCUGCUGGACAUGGGUGGUGAGCCGAAGUUCUCGCCGUGA